UAAUUUCCCAGUUAAAAAAAAUAUGAUUACGUGGUUACUAGGUGGCUGGAUAUGUUUCGAUUUUUAUUUUUCAUUUGUAAUUAUUUUUUUUACAGUCAUUUACAUAAGCUUUUUAGUGUCGGCAAAGAAACAUAAACAGAGGGGAUCUAUAGGAAGUUCAGAGUAUAGGGAGUACGAUGAAGCAAAGAAACAUCUAUCAACCAGUGAAGAAGAACCGCCGCCGUCGUCUGGGCAUGAUUCCUUCUUCGAAAUGAGAGGCAGUUUGAGGAGGGAGUUUGCUUUGCAAGCAGCGUUGGAUAACCACGGGAGGAAUAUGAUAUGUUCUCCAAUAUCUGCGAUGAUGCCUCUCGGCAAAUUAGUAUUAGGAGCGAAGAAGACAACAGAAAAAGAACUAUUGUCGGCUUUGGGUCUUACUGAACGUAAGCAGAUAUCAACAGCAUUCCGUCUUCUAAUAACCAAUAUGGAGUAUCUGCCAGGAGUGACGCUAGACGUAGCGAGCAGAAUAUACGUUUCAUCAAAAGCCGACAUCAAUAAGAAAUUCAUGAAAAGAACGAAGAAGAUAUUCAAGUCUUCUUGCAGGAAAAUAGAUCGGUCAGAUCCGUCGCGUACUGCGAGAGAUAUAAACAAGUGGGUGGCCGAAAAGACUAAGAAUAAAAUAACGAAACUGCUCAGUGAAAAUGAUAUUACGGAAGACACAUCAAUGGUCUUGGUCAACGCUGUUUAUUUUGCAGGUGCUUGGAGUAAUCCAUUUCCUAACACUUUUACGGGCGAUUUCCAUACUCCCACUGGGGUGCGUCGAAUGCCAAAGAUGUCGCGUGAAGGAACGUACAACUAUUAUAAAUCUGACACUUUGAAUGCCCAGGUCAUAGAAAUUCCUUACAAAGGCGAUUAUUGCUCCAUGGUCAUAGUUCUUCCGUACAGCAACGAUGGUCUGCCAGUACUCUUACGAGCCUUGAAACUGGCACCAGAGCUACUGAACGAGGCAUUGGAUCGAAUGAAAUCAACUGAUGUGUUACUAACGAUGCCAAAAUUCAAAAUAGAGUCUGAAUUCGAUUUACGUGAAUUAUACAGAAAGAUUGGUCUGCGAUCUAUGACCGAUAGAAGUAAAUCCGAUUUGACUGGCAUUGUUGAUGAUGAAACAAUCUAUGUGUCUAAAGCAAUACAUAAAGCUGUGAUUGAAGUUAAUGAGAGAGGAACGGAAGCAGCUGCGGCCACUGGGGCGGUGUUGAAACCCGUUAAAGGAAUAUUGAAUAUGGUUAUUUUUGACGCUAGUCGGCCUUUUCUGUUCUACAUAUCAUUUGUUCAAGAGCAAUUAUUUGCUGGAACAUUUUCCGGAUAAGUAAGUAAAUUUGAAAUAAAUAAACUUUAAAACUGUGUAAA